AUGGCGGAGCCUGGCGGCGCCGGGGCCGGAGCGGCGGGCGCCGGCGGCGGGCCGCAGCAGGGCUCCCCGGCCGCUGGAGGGGUGGCCGCAGGGGGGCCGGCCCGCAGCGCAGCAGAGAGCCCCGGGGGGCCCGGCUCGACGCGCACCGCCGGGAAGAAGGCGCAGCUGCGCGCCGCGCCGCGGGCUAAGAAGCUGGAAAAGCUGGGCGUCUACUCCGCUUGCAAGGCUGAGGAAUCCUGUAAAUGCAAUGGGUGGAAGAACCCCAACCCACCUCCCACACCGCCCCGGGCAGAGCUGCAGCAGGCAGUGGUGAGCCUCGCAGAGCCCUGCCGCAGCUGCAGCCAUGCGCUUGCGGCUCAUGUUUCACACCUGGAGAACGUGUCUGAAGAAGAAAUGAAUAGGCUCCUGGGGAUUGUAUUGGAUGUAGAGUACCUGUUCACCUGUGUCCACAAAGAAGAAGAUGCAGACACCAAGCAAGUUUAUUUCUACCUGUUCAAACUUUUGAGGAAAUGCAUUUUACAGAUGGGAAAACCUGUAGUAGAAGGGUCUUUGGAGAGUCCCCCAUUUGAGAAACCCAGCAUUGAACAGGGUGUGAAUAAUUUUGUGCAGUACAAAUUUAGCCACUUACCCUCAAAGGAAAGGCAAACAAUAGUGGAACUGGCUAAAAUGUUUCUGAACCGCAUUAACUACUGGCACCUGGAGACACCUUCUCAGCGAAGACUAAGAUCACCCAAUGAUGAUAUUGCGGGGUAUAAAGUGAAUUAUACCAGGUGGCUUUGUUAUUGCAAUGUCCCUCAGUUCUGUGACAGUCUACCUCGGUAUGAAACCACCCAGGUUUUUGGUAGGACAUUGCUUCGCUCUGUUUUUACUGUAAUGAGACGGCAGCUGCUGGAGCAGGCCAGGCAGGAAAAGGACAAGCUUCCUCAAGAGAAGCGAACACUAAUCCUCACCCAUUUUCCAAAGUUUCUGUCAAUGCUGGAAGAAGAAGUGUACAGCCAGAAUUCUCCCAUUUGGGAUCAGGAUUUCAUGGUGUCUAGGUCCCGAACUGGCCAGCUGGGGAUCCAAACAGUUAUCAGUCCUCCUCCUGUUGCAAGAUCUGUUUCAUACAGUGCAAGUCCUUCAUCUCUGGAGCAACCCAACAGUGGAAAUAUGAGUCCUGCUUGCAAAGUUUCUUCUGCCCUUGACCCAAACCUAGGAGAAAAGAGAAAAAAUAAUGAACCCUAUUCUCUGGAGGAUUCCAAGAGACCAAGGGUUGUGGGAGAUAUUCCUAUUGAGUUAAUCAAUGAAGUAAUGUCAACAAUUACAGAUCCUGCAGCAAUGCUUGGGCCAGAGACCAACUUCCUCUCGGCACACUCAGCCCGGGAUGAGGCAGCGAGGCUGGAGGAGCGCAGGGGGGUGAUUGAAUUCCAUGUGGUUGGCAACUCCUUGAACCAGAAGCCCAACAAGAAGAUCAUGAUGUGGCUGGUUGGUUUGCAGAAUGUGUUCUCCCAUCAGCUGCCUCGAAUGCCGAAGGAGUACAUCACGCGCUUGGUCUUUGAUCCGAAGCACAAGACCCUUGCGUUAAUAAAAGAUGGUCGUGUUAUUGGUGGUAUCUGCUUUCGGAUGUUCCCUUCUCAAGGAUUUACAGAGAUUGUUUUCUGUGCUGUGACUUCCAAUGAACAAGUCAAGGGUUAUGGGACUCACCUAAUGAACCAUCUGAAGGAGUACCACAUCAAACACAACAUUCUCAACUUUCUCACAUAUGCAGAUGAAUAUGCUAUUGGCUACUUCAAAAAACAAGGUUUCUCCAAAGAUAUCAAAGUACCAAAAGCAAAAUAUGUUGGCUACAUCAAAGAUUAUGAGGGUGCCACAUUAAUGGGAUGUGAAUUAAAUCCAAGGAUCCCCUACACGGAAUUUUCUGUCAUCAUUAAAAAGCAAAAAGAGAUCAUUAAAAAGCUCAUAGAAAGGAAACAAGCUCAGAUACGAAAAGUUUAUCCUGGCCUUUCUUGUUUCAAAGAUGGAGUACGGCAGAUUCCCAUAGAAAGCAUUCCUGGAAUUAGAGAGACUGGCUGGAAACCAAGCGGAAAAGAAAGAGGUAAGGAGCCCAAGGAUCCAGAUCAACUCUACAGCACAUUAAAAACCAUCCUGCAGCAGGUGAAGAGCCACCAAAGCGCUUGGCCCUUCAUGGAACCUGUGAAGAGAACUGAAGCUCCUGGAUAUUAUGAAGUUAUAAGGUUUCCCAUGGAUCUCAAAACAAUGACUGAGCGACUCAAGAAUAGGUACUACGUGUCUAAGAAAUUAUUCAUGGCUGACUUGCAGCGAGUCUUUACAAAUUGCAGAGAGUACAACCCCCCUGAGAGUGAAUACUACAAAUGUGCCAAUAUACUGGAGAAAUUCUUCUACACAAAAAUUAAAGAAGCUGGAUUAAUUGACAAGUGACAGUGUCUUUUCUACAGACACAUAGUGUGCCUACUUUAUGGGCAGUGGAAGCCGGUCUGUAUCUGCGUUGUGGGACUCAAAGGUUUCAAGAAACUUCUGUUUAAUACUUAGCACUUUUAAAAACCAUCUUAGUUUUGCAAACAUGUAUUAUACCGAAGUUAAAAAAUUAUUUUAUUAAAAUGCUUUAUAAUGUA